AUGGUGGUGCUGAGCGCGGCGCGCUGGCUCCGCAGCCGCCUCACCGAUCGGUUCUGGAGGGUGCAGGAGGUGCUCAAGUAUGCGCGGCAUUUUCGUGGAAGGAAGAACCGCUGCUAUAAGCUGGCUGUACGGAGUGUUCGGAGAGCUUUUGUGAAGUCUACAAAGGCCAGAAGAGAGAAGAAGAGGUUUCUAAGAGCGCUUUGGAUCACAAGAAUUGAAGCAGCUUCUCUUGAACAUGGUUUGAAAUACCCAGCUUUCAUAAGCAACCUGCUUAAGUCGCAGGUGGAGCUCAAUAGGAAAGUGAUUGCUGAUUUGGCUAUUUAUGAACCGAAAACGUUCAAGUCCCUCGCUGCCUUAGCCCAGAGGAGGAGACAAGAAGGUUUCCUUGCUGCCCUGGGAGACGGAAAAGAACCAGAGGGGAUAUUUUCCCGUAUCGUACACCGCUAUUGAUAUUCAGAGU